CAUUGAUGACAGACCCAGCUGCUUCAGGUUCCCCAGGGGUAAUGGUAUUGGAGUAGCUCUUCCACCUAAUUACGAAGGAACUCCUCUUGAGAUUGGGAGAGGAAGAAUUAUCAUGGAAGGCAAGAGAGUAGCUAUUUUGGGAUAUGGCUCGAUAGUUCAACAAUGUAUUGCGGCAGCACACAUGCUCAGAUCUCAAGACAUUUAUAUAACAGUAGCUGAUGCAAGAUUUUGCAAGCCUCUAGAUAGGGAUCUCAUCAAGCAACUAGCACAUGAGCAUGAGAUUCUUGUUACCGUUGAAGAGGGUUCUAUUGGAGGUUUUGGCUCACAUGUUUCACAUUUCCUGAGCUUGACGGAUAUUUUGGAUGGAUCUCUUAAGAAUCUAAUUAGUUUUAGAGCCUCAUUGCAGUUGAGAGCAAUGCUGCUUCCUGAUAGAUAUAUUGAUCAUGGAUCACACGAAGAUCAGUUAGAAGCAGCAGGGCUCUCCGCAAGACACAUCGCUGCAAUGGUCCUAUUUAUGCUAGAAAGGCCAAAAGAAGCCCUGCAGUUCAAGCACAAGUAAACAUCAGAAUUUUGUAGUGGGAGUAAUUGAAAAAACAUUCAGCAGAGACAUUAAAUGUGAUGGGAAACUCACCCAGUGUCCAAGCCGACAUCCAUCUCUGCACUCUGCUUUCUAGGCGUAGAGAAAUUUAUACAAAUCUAACUUAAAAGAUUUAUACAUGGCUUGUUGACGUACGAAGGUCAGAACUCCUUUUGGGAUCAAUCCCCUCCUCCGAUUAAAAGUUUCCUGCAGCGUAAUGUAUUAUCAGUCGACUAGUUUAUUGUUUGUAGUAGAUUGUCAACUGUCUCAGAUUUUACGAAUAAUUAAUGUGGUUAAUCACUGCCCAUCAAAAAUUAAUUUCCAACUGGAGUUAAAAGGCUUUUCUAAAUGGAGUUGAUUUUUGUUUGGUACAAGACUUAUCAUCCGUCAAGGCCAAUGAGCAGCAAUUCAAAUUGGAUAGCAGAAUUGGCACUAGAUUAUUUUUCUUUUCUGGAGUGCAAGAAGAGGCAAAGGACUGAAGGAGUCGGGUGAGGAGGAUGGCUGCUGCUGUUGCGCUUCAAAGGCAUAUGAUCAUCUGUACUCUGUACUUACAAACUAAAUGAGGCUUUCCUUCACUCUUUACAUCAACUUCACCUCAUUUUAAACUUUUUAAGCGA